CUUUACCCAUGCAACCAACAGCAGGACUCCCUCUGUCCUUGGAAGCAGAUCUUCCAUCGUUCUGGUUACCCAAGAUAGUAGUCCAACUCAAGCUAUCAACGUGUCGGCUACUGGAUAUCGUGCCGUUUCUAGGCCGGCUUGCAAUGCAGUUACUACAAUCCCGCGCCGUUGGAUGCACAAAGCGUCUGAGCAUAAAGAGGGGUUCACACGCAGCCAUGUGCAUCAGAUACCCGUAGCCAACCGAUCGUAUCGAUGGCAAGCCAAGUUCUGCAAGUGCUGGUGUGACAUGGCCGCAGGAACGCCAAGGUGUGGUAGUAGCAACAUUGCAGGCAGGUCGAGAUCAGUCACAAACCCCGCGCCUGCAACCCGCUAUCCCAUGGCAACGAGGACCUUCACCAGUCGGAUGGGCCCGCUGAUUCGUAGAAGGGUGAAGAGACGUGAAGACACCAGCAUGACUUGCAGCCGCCCGAUAGAUUAAGUGCCGACGAAAUAAGGUAGAGAGACAAGCAGCAUCGGUAGAUUGGCCCAGCUGCCAGGGUAGAAUAACAAUGGACUUGAAGGAUGCAACAAGCAGCGCUAACUACAGCACGCAAUAGGUGUUCUGAAGC